ACUCUUCACACCAAUGUUUUCAGCCAAGGAAAAGGAAACCGGGAACAACAAUUUCAUCUUUGGUUCGACCCAACCACUGCUUUCCACACCUACACCAUUCUCUGGAACUCUCAGCGAAUCAUAUUCCUAGUGGACAACAUACCCAUAAGAGUGUUCACGAACAUGGAAUCACAGGGAGUUCCUUUCCCUAGUAAGCAGCCAAUGAGCAUUCACUCCAGCUUGUGGAAUGCAGAUGAGUGGGCAACUCAAGGAGGGCGGGUGAAGGCUGAUUGGACCAACGCUCCAUUUGUGGCUUCUUACAAAAACUUCAAAGCAGAGGGAUGCAUCUGGAACCCGGCGUCCGCCUCCUCUACUUGUUCACCGGGAGCUUGGCAAACUCAAGAAUUGGACGCUGCUGGUCGGAAUAGAAUCCGAUGGGUGCAAAGCAAGUAUAUGAUCUAUAACUACUGCUCCGACCUUAAGCGUUUCCCUCAGGGUGUUCCCUAUGAAUGCAAACAAUCUAGAUUCCUCUAAAUUUGAGGUGCAUGUAACAACAAAUGGAGCCGACACAACGGAUCAAUUAUAUCCUCAAUUCUUUCUAUAUUGUAAUAAAUCUGUCACAUUACAUGUGUAUUUUUUC